AUGACAGCAGCAUCUUCCUCACUGCCGGCCGGCAAUGGCACUUCACCGCGUAUCUCGGAGAAGAGCGGGCCUGAAUUCAACGAUGGGGAUGACCUCAAUUCCUUUGAAAACUUACAGCAACAUCAUCCAGCCAGCAUCUCCAGCCAACCAUCCCCCAGCUUGAGUAGAAUCCACUCGGCAAUGUCGACCGCCUCCCAGCAUUACAAUACCGUCCUCAGCCAUGUCCGGAGUCGUAAUCCGGACCAGAUGCGCCCAUUCACCCACCCGCUAUCGCACCAGAAAACGUCACCGGAUGUCAUUGUUGGCUUUGACGGACCUGAUGAUGCGUAUAACCCGAUAAAUUGGCCAUUUCGCAAAAAGGCGAUCACGACACUUCUAUAUGGGUUGACUACAAUGGGUUCUACGUGGUCCAGCGCAGUCUACUCUCCCGGAAUCGCCCAAGUUGACGCCGACUUCAACGCUUCAGAGCCAGUGGGGGUGCUGGGGGUCAGCUUCCUGCUCUUUGGCUUUGGCCUGGGGCCCUUACUAUGGGCCCCGCUGUCCGAACUCUACGGACGCAAGCCUGCAGUCCUCUUCCCGUAUUUUAUUGCUGCGAUAUUUAUGUUCGCAGCUGGCAGUGCAAAGGAUAUCCAGACAGUGGUCAUAUCACGUUUCUUCGCUGGUUUCUUUGGUUCCGCGCCGAUCACGAAUACUGGAGGAGUGUUGAGUGAUUUGUUCCCGCCUGAACAACGGGCUGUCGCUAUUGUCGGCUAUGCGUUGGCUGUUGUUGGUGGACCCAGUUUGGGGCCAAUUGUGGGAGCAGCUAUUGUGCAGAGCGAUCUGCGUUGGAGAUGGACGGAAUAUAUAACGGGCAUAAUGAUGAUCUUCUUCCUUAUCCUCGAUGUGAUUUUCAUAGACGAAUCCUACCCUGCCGCCCUCCUUGUCAAGAAAGCCCGUCGUCUCCGCUAUGAAACAGGCAACUGGGCUCUGCACGCCCACCAUGAAGAAUGGGAUGUCAGUUUCAUCGAAAUGGCGAACAAAUACCUGAUCGUCCCCUUCCAGCUCCUGUGCACUCCCAUCUGUCUCCUCGUCGCCACGUACGCCUCCUUCGUCUACGGCAUUCUAUAUCUCAGUUUAUCUUCCUUCCCCAUCGCCUUCAUUGAAGUCCGUGGCUGGGGUUAUCUCGUCGGCCACCUUCCAUUCCUUGGCUUGCUGGCCGGUGUCAUCUUGGGCGGAGGUGUAAAUAUCUAUAACCAGAAAUUCUACUUGAAGAAAUUCUACGCCAACAACCGGCGACCAGUCCCUGAGGCCCGCCUGCCACCCAUGAUGGUCGGGUCUGUGUUCUUCUCUGCAGGCCUAUUCAUCUUCGGCUGGACGUCUCCGACCCACAUCCCCUGGAUCGCUCAGGUGAUCGGUACAGUGUCCUUGGGCUUUGGGUUCUUCACUGUCUUCCAGGCAGCCUUGAAUUAUCUAAUCGAUACAUUCUCAACCGUCUCGGCUAGUGCGAUUGGCGCUACCACGUUUCUACGCAGUUUUUCCGCGGAUAGUCGAGAAGCAGGGCGAUAA